AUGAUAUUGAGAUACCUGAGAAUAAAUAAGAUAAUAACGGGUUUAAGGGCGUACUCGGCAGGCUCGAAGCAGUUCGUGAUCAAGAAACCCGCGAGAUCGAACAGAUGGCUUUUGGCAGCGACUUUCGCGACAAGUUUUGGAGCUGGAUGGUUCGUUACGCAGCAUAUGACGUUUGCAGACGUGGUGGCACGGUGGAUGUACGAUAACGUUCCAGAAGACGACGAAAAGUUAAUGAAAUAUAAGGCCCAAUUGAACGCUAGACUUGAGAACUUGUCCGUCGUGAAACAGUUGAAACAGGUAGGAUAUAUCGAGGUUUUCCCGCAGACGCAAAAGAAGAAUACCCUCAUAUCCGAGACGUUGCUAGUGCCAGGUGGAAUCACGGUUCCUCCACGGUUUUUCUAUAAUCCACGCAACAAGGAAACCGUGGGUAUUUACCACUUGGGAAUGAAAUUGACGGGGUACCCAUUUUUGGUUCAUGGAGGUAUCUUGGCGACGGUUCUAGAGGAUUUGAUGAGGGAAUCGAUGAUGUUUGCGAAGGGUGGUAAAAAGGAGAAGACGAACGAGAUUUCCAUUUCGUAUGCGUUCCCAACGUUUGCAAAUCAAUUUGUCGUGGUGCGGAUCACGAACGUGGAAGAAUCGGGCAAUUUGACUAAACUGCGUGCAGAGAUCAUGGACCAAAGAGGACAGAGGACUUUGGUGCGGGGCAAAGGUACGUUUUCUACGUAA